AGAACCAGCUUCAAACUCCUCCUGCAAUCCACCCCCAAAAUCCCCUCCCCUCCCCUGCAAUCCCAGUAUCCCACAACAAAUUCGAUCAGCAUCGAUCCCGAUUCGUCCCAAACCCUGCCUGCCCCCCACCCCGCGCCAAUCCCACCCACAUUGCUCGUCUCACCCCCAGAUCUGGGCUCCAGUUGCAGAAGCUCCAGAUCCCACGCUGCUCUCUCGUAGCCGCCCCGCGAUUUGCGCGACGCCAAGCUGGCUCCGCAGAAGCGGCCACAGCGCGUCGGCGGGGGCGGUGGCGCGGCCGCCGCCACAGCUGCCGCGGCGUCGUCCGCCGCGACUGACUCGGGGGACGCGGUGAUGGCCCGGUGGCUGCAGUCCGCGGGGCUGCAGCACCUCGCGGUGUCCUCCUCCGCUCCUGGGCCCGGGCUGGCGAUGGGGAUGGCCGGAGACCUCCGCGGCGGCGGUAUCCUCCCGAACCUUCUCAUGCAGGGGUAUGGGCCCCAAUCGAUCGAAGAAAAACAGAAACUUUACAUGCUAUUAAGGAGCCUGAAUUUUAAUGGCGAAUCAGCAUCUGCACCUAUAUCUGAGCCAUACACACCGACAACCCAGAGCUUCAGUGGUGGCCCCCCCAUAAAUGGAUUCUACUCACCCGAACUUAGAGGUGAAUACGGAGCUGGCCUUUUGGAUCUUCAUGCAAUGGAUGACAGUGAGCUUCUUUCUGAGAAUGUAGCAUCAGAACCAUUUGAAGCUUCACCCUUUGCGCCAAAGGAAACUGAUGACGAUGAGGACGAUAUAAUAUCAGGAAGCCAGCAAGGUCUAUCAGAAAAUUAUGGUGGUACAAUCACAAGCGAAAAAGAUAGCAAUACUAAAGAAAGUAAUGUAGCAAAGAUUAAAGUUGUGGUAAGGAAGAGGCCUCUGAACAGAAAGGAAAUAUCUCGAAAGGAGGAUGACGUAAUAGAUGUACAUAAUUCUCAAUUCUUGACUGUUCAUGAACCUAAAUUAAAGGUGGAUUUGACGGCUUAUGUGGACAAACAUGAAUUCUGCUUUGAUGCUGUCCUGGAUGAGGCUGUAACUAAUGACGAGGUGUACCGGGAGACUGUGGAGCCCAUUAUACCAAUAAUUUUCCAAAGGACCAAAGCAACAUGCUUUGCAUAUGGCCAAACAGGUAGUGGUAAGACAUAUACAAUGCAACCCCUACCUCUAAGGGCUGCACAGGAUAUGGUUCAUCUUUUGCAUCAACCUGUGUACCUGAGUCAAAAUUUCAAGUUGUGGCUUAGCUACUUUGAGAUAUAUGGCGGGAAGCUUUAUGACCUUUUGAGCGAAAGGAGGCCACUCUGCAUUAGGGAAGACGGAAAGAAACAGGUCUGCAUUGUCGGCUUACAGGAAUUUGAGGUUUCUGAUGUCCGGAUUGUCAAAGAAUACAUUGAGAGAGGAAAUGCCUCGAGAAGCACAGGAUCAACUGGGGCCAACGAAGAGUCAUCACGAUCUCAUGCCAUUCUGCAAUUAGCUGUGAAGAAGCAUAUCCCAGUGACAGAGACCAGAAGACAGAGAGAUCGUGAGGCUAAUGAAGCUAAAAAUACAAAGCUUGUGGGAAAAUUGUCAUUUAUAGACCUUGCUGGAAGCGAGCGUGGUGCUGAUACAACAGAUAAUGACAAGCAGACAAGAAUUGAGGGUGCAGAAAUAAACAAGAGCCUUUUGGCUCUCAAGGAAUGCAUUCGGGCACUGGAUAAUGAUCAGAUACAUAUUCCUUUCAGAGGAAGCAAGCUAACCGAGGUGCUUCGUGAUUCGUUUGUUGGUAACUCUCGAACAGUAAUGAUUUCUUGCAUCUCACCGGGUUCAGGUUCAUGUGAACACACGCUAAAUACCUUAAGAUAUGCUGACAGGGUUAAGAGCCUCUCGAAAAGUGGCAACUCAAAAAAAGAGCAGUUCAGUGGGCAGUUUGUGUCCUCCAGCAAGGAAUCUACCCAUACAUCAUAUCCAUUAUCAGGUGAAGCUGAAGAAACUGUGGACCAGAUUGAAGAGAACAGACAUAUUGAUGCUUCAAGGAGUGUUGUUGAAAUCUAUAUGAGUUCUUCAGUGGAUCCUGAUAGGAACUCAUUUAGUAUGAUUCCAAGUUAUCCUCAUAGAGGAAGGGAAGAAACUAGUUCAACAUCUAGUUUGAAUGAUAGGGGGAGAAUUGAUUUCAAAUCUAACCCGACUGGUUAUAGUAGUAAAGCACAGUCACUUCAGAAUUCAGUUAAUUCACAAGAAGAAGAUAAAGUUACAAAAGGCUCACCUCCUCGGAGAAAAGCUAAUAGGGAGGACAAAUCUGAAAGGCAGAACAACUACGUGAAAAAGGAAAAUGGGGCAGAUGUAAAUCGGAUUGUUCACAAACAGCAACUGAAACAGCAGCAGCAAAGACCACUGUCUACUUCGGCAUCACAGGUUUCAUCGAGACAAUCUGCAAAGGAAAGUUCGUGUGAUGAGGAAAUAAAUGCAAUACUUGAGGAAGAGGAGGCAUUGAUAGCAGCUCACAGAAAGGAAAUUGAAAAUACUAUGGAAAUAGUGCGGGAAGAGAUGAACCUAUUAGCAGAUGUUGACCAACCAGGUAGCCUUAUUGACAAUUAUGUGGCACAACUGAAUUUUCUCCUGUCACGGAAGGCGUCCGGCUUGGUCAGUCUCCAGGCACGCUUAGCAAGGUUUCAACAGCGCCUCAAAGAAGAGGAGAUCCUUAGCCGUAAGAAACCAUCAAGAUAGUUUAACCGAUUUUUUUUAAAACCAUUUGGCUUGUCAUGAAUUGCAAGGAGCCGUGAGCGGGAGGUAUGUUUUAUUCUGAUCUCCCAUGUGAUCACAUUUCACUUAAGAGCUUGAAGAACUGAGUCUAAAAACCUGGGAAAAUGAGAACCUGGGAAUGAGUAACAAAUGGAGUCGUGCAGGCGCUUGGUUUUGAGGUUUUCCCUGCAGUUUGCUCAUUUUUUCUCUUUUCUUCAAAGGGUUGUUUCAUUCUUUUUUUUUUCCCGGUGGUGGCAUGAUUUGUCAUUCUUGCCACAUUCUUUUUGUAUGAAUAUAGUGUAACUGGUGUUUGAAGAUGAGGAAAUUAUACUUGUACCUUGGCAACAUAGAAACUGUUGUUGUAUUGUGUGUAUCAAGAAAGGCAACAUUGCAGUAAGAUCUUCAGGAAUAUUUAAGUGGCAAGAAUCUGGGACAUGGUUCGUCAUUUGGACGGUGUA